CUGCGCAAAAAUGUUUACGCCGAGGCAAAAAAAGGUCGGCUAUGGCGAUUCGCCACACACUCCAAUGAAUUUUAGUCGCGAAUUACGUCAAGUCCUGCAGGAGCGUAACUUAUUGACCGCCAAGUCGCGGAAAAAAGUAUGUCGGAUGCUGGACAGUAAUUCUAGCAGUCCUAUUGGCUCGCCGAAUCCCAAUGCAGAGGCGGGCAAGCGUAUGGGGUUUCGUCGCCAGGCCAUAGAGGAGAUUGUUAUGUCAGAGAAAUCGUAUUUGGAGCAGCUGGAGCUGCUUAUGAAUUACUUUGUACGUCCAAUAAAGGAGCAAGCCAUCAUCGAUGGUCCCAACCAUACGGCUCUCUUUGGUCAGAUCGAAAUGAUAUACAAUUUGAAUGGCGAAUUUCUGCGUGAGCUGGAGGCGAACGUAGAGAAUGUUUCGCAGGCUUUUCUGAAGAUGGCGCCCUUCUUCAAGUUAUAUUCGGUGUAUGCCUUCGACUAUCGUAGCGCGCUGUUUAUAUUGCAGGAGUUGAUCAGCAAAAAUCCGGUGUUUCGUAAAUUUCUUGAACAAACCGAAAGUCGUCCAGAGGUACAGCGUAAACUCAACUCUUUAAUGAUUGUGCCCAUACAGCGUGUUCCACGCUACAAGCUGCUUCUGGAGCAGGUGUUGCUGUACACUAGUCCAGCGGAUACAGACUACAGGUUUCUAAAGGAAUCUGUGAAGGAGAUCGAAGCAACUGCUUCUCAUAUUAAUUCCUGUGUGGAAGAGCAGGAAGUGACGCAGUACUUGAUACAUUUGCAGAAUUCGCUUGUGAAUCGUACGCCUAACAUUGUAAAUCCUUCAAGGCGUGUUAUCAAGGAAGGUAUGCUCCAGAAAAUCACACAUAAGGGCACCGAGAUCAGGCGCUAUUGCGUACUCAUGUCGGACAUUUUUAUGUACUGCAAGGUUCUGAAGGAGCGUGCGCCGAAUACUGUGGUGGAGAACUCGCUCGAAUGCUGCUGUAUCUUUCCGUUGAAGAAAUGCAAAGUGUACGAAAUGCUGCCCGGAAAUUUCAAGCUAACUUGCCAGAACGAUGGCAUUAUCUUUGGUACCAGUGAUUUGCAGGUGGCACGCACUUGGGUAGGAUUCAUACGCGAUGCCAUCGACUUGCAUGUCCAGUGCCGCAAGACGUUGCGCAAGGACUCCAGUAAGCGCACACCCAUACGGAAGAAGGACGUAAAAAAGUUUGGCGCUGACUACGUGCUUAGCCCAAACAAGCGCAAAAGCGACUACGAUACGGUAUUUCGCAACAACAAUCGCGCCACGGAUUCCGAGGAUGAGGCUGAUGACAAUGCGAAUGGAGGAUGUUUUUCACGGAAGCGCAAGCUUCCUAAACCGAGACCUGUAACCACAGGCAUUCACAUAACCAAGUCUUCAGUCAAGGCUAUCAAACGACCAGCUCCACCUCCACCACCCCCUCCACCGACAACAUUUACUGCUGGCGUACAGUUGCGUCAGAAACCUUCACUGAAUACGUCCUGCAAGGAGAAUCGCAUAUCGAAGCUUUGCAAAAUGAUUGCCAAUGGCGAUAAGGUGGCCAAUGUGCGUGGAAUUCUCAAACGUACGAAUACAACCACUACACAAGCGAACACAAGCAACGAUCAGGAUCCCAGUUAUGGAUUUGCGAGUCGCUUCUCCGAUUCCAAAUCGUAUUUUCGAGCCCACAAUGUGGACAACACUAUACCGACGGCAGUAAAACGUGAGGACUUGUUUGCUGCCGACGUUGAGCUGGGCAAUGGCAACUUUCAGGAUGUUCUCUUUCCAUUACGCUCUAGUGGGGGUAGCCAGAAAAGUGGUGGCAGCAGUUGGUCAACGCCUGCACAGCCGCUCAAGGAGAGCAAUCGGAACAUGGUGUUCUCGCCGCCGCAAAAGAAGCGCGUCAAGUUUGAUGAAACACUAGACGAGUUAACCGAUCAUGAACCGAAGCCAUUUGUAUUUCCAAGCGGUGUGGUGGGAAAUAGCAACAAGGGCCCAACUCUGCGAGAGCGUGUCUACGAUUUUUUUGCCAACCUCUUUUAAAACUAGGGUACAUGCCAUUAUCAUUUUUACCACCGAUAUUUCGAUCAAUAAAUGCAUUUAUUUACACAGCAU